AUGGUGGUCCCGACGCCCGUGACGCCCGCAUUUACCGCCGAGUUUUUCGACCAGCUCACGCAGCUGCGCCGCCACUUUCACCAGCACGCCGAAGUGACAUGGCAGGAGGUCGCGACACAGGCGACGAUCAAAGACUACCUGCUCACACACGCGCAAAUUCCCGCCGACAACAUCCACGUGUGCGCGACGACCGGGCUCGUUGUCAACAUCUUUGGCCCGACGUCCGACGACGGCGCCACCGACGGCAGCCUCCGCUGCGUGGCCUUUCGCGGGGACAUGGACGCGUUGCCGAUGACCGAGCAGAACCCGCACCUGCCGUACGCCUCUGUGCAUGCCGGUGCGGCACACAUGUGCGGCCACGACGGCCACAUGGCGUCGCUCGUGGGAUUUGCGAUCUUCAUGCAGCGCGCCCGCCUCUCGCUGCCGCUAAACACGUGCGUGCGUCUCCUCUUCCAGCCGGCCGAAGAAGGCGGGUUUGGCGCGGUCAAGAUGAUUGAAGACGGGUGCUUGGACGGCGUCGACGAGCCAGGCGCGCUCCUUGCGCACUCGUGCCGGUUUGAGAUCACGCUGCGAGGGCCCGGCGGCCACGGGUCGGCGCCCCACCACACGACCGACCCGGUCGUUGCCGCGGGCCACGUCAUCGUCGCGAUGCAGUCGAUCGUGAGCCGGAGCCUCCCGGCGCAAGAGAACGCGAUCGUGUCGAUCACUCAAGUGCACGGCGGUGAGGCCGACAACGUCAUUCCGUCCAGCGUGCGGCUCUCGGGUACCCUCCGCGACUUCAACCCGGACGUUGCGACGGUCGUGCACGCGCGCAUGCGUAGCAUCGUGACGCACGUUGCGGCGGCUCACGAUGUCACGGGCGAGAUUGCUUUUGACGACGGGUACCCGGUCACGAUGAACCAUGCGGCGCAGACCGACGUGGUGGUGGAGGUGGCCUCCGACAUUGUUGGCGCCGCGCGUGUCACGUCGACGGGGCUCCCGGUCUCGGGCUCGGAGGAUUUUUCGUACUACUUGCAGAAAAUUCCCGGAGCCUUUUACUUUGUCGGCACCAAGCCGCUGCACGACGUGGACGGCGCACAGAACCGCAACUGCCACAGCGACACGUUUGACUUUAACGACGACGCGCUCCCGCUCACUGUCCGCCUCUUCCUCGAGAUUGCGCAGCACCGGUUCCAAUGCGCGCUCUUUACAAAGGAAGAGCUGGACGCGAUCUACACGGCCCCGGCCUCCUUGUGA